AUGUUUGGCGGUAGCCAGUUUUCAUUUGGGAAUUCUACGACUCCAAAUCGUGAGUAUUUAAAAUUAUUUAGUCUAUUCUUUAAAUGUCAAUAUUUUUUCUUAGCUUUUGGAACUCAAUACACUGCCGUACCACAGCCAACUCAAUCAAACACUGGUUUUUUGUUUGGUGCAUCAAAUCCGAAUACCGCCGUUGCUCCAUUAAAUCCCACAUUUAGUUUUGGUCCUGGAUCAACAGCCAGUCAACCAUUUGUCAAUACGUUAAACACAAGUUCGACAGUUCGUCCAUUUGGUACUACAUCAACGUUUGGUAACUUAAAUCCAGUCUCAUCCUCCACAGUUGCACCAACAUCAACCGGCUUUAGUAGUGGACAAUUGUUUGGAAAUGCAACUCAGCAAACUUCACAGCCUUCAGCCUUAUUUGGUGGGAGUACUGCACCAGCGUUUGGCAAUGCGAUGGUAACUCCAACAUUGAAUAUUUUUGGUUCUACGAUGACUACGUCAACAAAUCCACAAACCGGUACAACAGUUAAAUUUGAAGCGUUCUCUGGUACGGAUACAAUGCGUGGAAAAAACAAUUUAUUGACUACAAUUAAUACAAAAUUACAAUGCAUAACAGCAAUGAAAGAAUAUCUAAGUAAAUCAAUGGAUGAAUUACGCUACGAAGAUUAUCAAGUCAACAGAAAAUUUGCACAACAGCAGUCAUUGUUUGGAUCAGUAAAUACACUAUCGACGAGUGGAUCAGCCACAAGUACAUUUAAUCCGUCACCAUUCGGCAUGACUCCUUUUGGUACAAAUCCGUCAACCUCGUCGACGUCAGCCAUAUUUGGUGGAGUUACUAAUGUCACAACAAGUACACCAUUUUCGUUUGGUACAAAUACAGCAUCAACAAACAUUUUUGGACAACCGUCUGCAACAACAACGACCAAUACACAGUUUGGCAUACCCACUUCUUCAACAUUCGGAGCUCCAUUAGCAUCGAAUUCAUCGAUGUUUGGAAGUGGCGGCACAACAAAUAUAUUUGGUAACACUACAAACACGUCAAUGGCAUCGCCUUUCAAUCUCAAGUCACAAUUAACGACGAGUCAGCCAUCCUUUGGUUUUGGUACGCUAACUAGUAGUGCACCAUCAUUUUCAUUUCCAACAAAUACCGGUACAUCCAUUUUUUCGCAACCAAACACGUCAUUUGGCUCAACGACAAAUAUAUUUGGAACAACAUCGAACGCUCCGUCAGCUUUUGGCACGACCACUUCACCAUUUGGAUCAAGUACUUCAGCACCAAAUGCUUUUGGAACGACAACUGCAGCUCCCGUCUUUUCCGGUUUUGGUUCAGUAGGAUCUACUGCACCUGGAACAAAUUCAAUAUUUGGCUCAUCGAUGGCAGCUCCGACUAUAUUUAAUUUUGGUCCGACAGCAAACCAAUCUGGUACAAGUACCGGUUUAUCAUUUCCAAGUAGUAAUCCUACUACAAAUCCUUUUGCUUCAAAUAUAUUUGGACAAUCGCAGCAACCAUCGUUAUUUAAUUCUGUACAAUCGCAGUCAUCAAUAUUUAAUCAACCAUUUCAGAACACUACCACAGUUCCAACAUUUAAUUUUGCAGCGUCACUAACAAAUUCACAACAGUCACAAAUGAUGGUGAAUAAUAAUAACAACCAGUUAGCAGCACAGCAAAAUCAGCAAGCAUUAGCGAUUCAACAACGUUUUUUAGCUGUCAGUUUACUUGAUCCUUAUGCUAGUCGUGGAAUAAAAGAUUAUAAAUCAGCUGAUCAAAUAAGACCGCCGCUUGAUAUUAUCGUUACGUCCGCUAGUACAAUAUCAUCAGCUGCGGUCAUCAGUUCAACGGUAGCUAUAACAACAACGUCGUCGUCUUUGUUGUCGACUAAUCAAAAUUAUCGAAAAUCAGUACCUCGUUCACUUGUUGAUAUACGUUUUAAAUUGACACCUGUUUUGCCAUUAUUAUCGAACAAUGUUGACGAUUUUAAAUCGCCGAAUAAUGGUCUAAUCAAUAGCCCAUUAUUACAUGAUUUUUCAGAAGAAGAAGAAAUGAUUUUAAUUGGACGUAGUAAAUUAAAAAAAUUACGUUUUUCCAACAAUGAUUUUUUAUAUUCCAAUGAUUUAUAUUCAUCAAAUAGUCAAUUACCAUCGUCUCCGGAUUCUUAUCUUCCGAGACGUUUAAUUGAAUUAGAAACGUUGUCAAAUAAGAGCAGUAAUAAAAAUACAAUGUUUGAUCGUUUACCUCUUGGCGUAACAACGACAGCGUCGAAUUUUAUCUCAUCAUCGUCAUCAACUGUUGAUACAGUAUCUGGUAACGGUGUAAAUAAACUAAAUACAUCGCAUUUUAUGCCUAAACCACUAACGACAGAUACAGCAGUUUUAGAUGAUACAACAAAAAUGUUACCAAUUGCACAUUCCACACCACUUUUUAAUAAAAUCCACUCAUCGUCUUCUCCUACAAAAGAACUUCAGCAUCAACUGAGGCCAUCACAUUAUCAACCUGAAGAUAAUGAUCAAAUUAUUAAAUCAUCAGAAAUAUUUGAAAAUGAACAAAUCUUACCUACUAAACAAAUAGACGCCACAAAAAUGUCAUCAACAUUUCUAAAAGAGAAUUCGCGUGAAUAUCGUUUACCAAAAUUAAAUCGUAGUGAUUAUUAUAUGAAACCAACAUCAAAAGAUUUAAAAACAUAUUUCAAUAAUCACGGGCAAUGUGUUAUUAAAGAAUUUACGGUUGGAAGAGAUAAUUAUGGAUGUGUGACGUUCUAUGGAAACAUAAAUGUUGCUGGUCUUGAUCUUGAUCAAUUAAUUGAGAUUGGACGACAUGAAGUCAUAGUCUAUCCGAAUGAUAAUGACAAACCACCUAUUGGACAAGAAUUAAAUAUUUUAGCAAGAAUAACAUUACUCGGCGUUUAUCCAAUUGAUCGGUCAACUAGAGUUGAAAUAACUGAUCCAAAGCGCAUCAAUGCAAUAAAUUAUAAAGAUUAUCUUAAAGAAAUCACAAAAAAAUUUGAUGGAGAAUUUGUUGAUUAUGCAGUUGAUGACGGAGCAUGGACAUUUACGGUUAAUCAUUUUACACGAUAUGGUCUUGAUGUUAAUGAAAAUGAAUUUCUUUUACAAAAAUUAGAUGAACAACUCUCUGCAAAACAACACUCACAAACAAUAAGUGAAGUUGAAAAAUUAGCAAGUUUAUUAUUUGAUAAAAAUGCCCAUCAUUAUGCACCUACAUCACGUGUGACUACUAAAUCAACUGAUAAUUCUUCAAAAAUACAGUCUCCAUCUCCAUCUGCAUCAAUUAGUACGCGUUCAAAACAUUCACCUAUUCACGUCCAUCAAACAUUACCAGAACAAAUCGCAACAACCAACAGAAAAUAUUUUCGAAGUAAUAUUAGUGAUCAAUUACAUUUUAUUGAUUACUUAUAUGAAAACCGUUUAGUUGUACAUAAUGUCCUUGAAAAUCAACAAAAUGAUAUUAAUAGUAUGAAACAACUUUUGAACUGUAGUUAUCAACAAUCGUCUGUAAGUGGAUGUGGUUCGAAACCAUAG